GAGAUAAUAUGACUUUUGUUCCAGGUGAGCUAGCCUGAACACAUCAUGGACCGGCGAGUGUCGGUAUCCGUGGGGCUGCUAGUCCUCGUCGCUAUGGGCACUGGUGUGACUGGUCAAGAUCCGUGUAUGCCCAGCAACUACAUUGAACUGAAUGAGCCAUGGCGGAACGUCCAACAGACUAACGACGGUACCCAGAAUAUGUGUGACAAUGGGUUUGCCGGAGAGUGGUACCGCUUCACGGGUGCAGCGGGAGAAGCCAUGCCGACACAGGCGCCCCCGAGCGUGAACAGGUGCGGCACCGACGCCCCGAUGUGGAUGAACGGACAACAUCCCACCCUUGCUGACGGUGAAGUCUCCCGCCAGGCGUGUGCCUUCUGGGGCAGUAACACAUGUAGGUGGGACACAACCAUCCAGGUGCGGGCCUGCAGCGGCGGCUACUUCGUGUAUAAACUCCCCGCGGCUCCUGCGUGCAGCCUGGUCUACUGCGGUGCCGGUGCGAUGAGUGUUGAUGGCGGAUGGUCUGACUGGGGCCCAUGGUCCACCUGCAGCGUGACAUGUGGAGUCGGUGAGCAGACUCGGGACCGAACCUGCACCAAUCCUGCACCAGCUAACGGUGGGGCGGACUGUGAUGGACUAACGCAGGAGACACAAGCAUGCAACACAGGGGUGCUCUGUCCAGUUGAUGGUGGUUGGACUGACUGGGGCUCAUGGUCCGCCUGCAGCGUGACAUGUGGAGUUGGUGAGCAGACUCGGGACCGAACCUGCACCGACCCUGAACCAGCUAACGGUGGGGCGGACUGUGAUGGACUGGCUCAGGAAACACAAGCCUGCGACACGGGGGUGUCCUGUCUAGUAAUAGUUGAUGGUGGUUGGACUGACUGGGGCUCAUGGUCCGCCUGCAGCGUGACAUGUGGAGUUGGUGAGCAGACUCGGGACCGAACCUGUACCAAUCCUGAACCAGCUAACGGUGGGGCAGACUGUGAUGGACUGGCUCAGGAAACACAAGCCUGCGACACGGGGGUGUCCUGUCCAGUUGAUGGUGGUUGGACUGACUGGGGCUCAUGGUCCGCCUGCAGCAUGACAUGUGAAGUUGGUGAGCAGACUCGGGACCGAACCUGCACCAACCCUGCACCAGCUCACGGUGGGGCGGACUGCGAUGGACUGGCCCAGGAAACUCAAGCCUGCGACACGGGGGUGUCCUGUCCAGUAUUGCCGACCCGAGAUUGCUCGGACGUGUACCCUCACCUGCGCCCUGCCGGUAACUUCGGCAGGUACCAGAACAAAUACUGCUUUUGGUCCUCUGCAUGGAGAAACAGACGGCUGAACUACACAAAAGCCCAACAAGAGUGCGAGUCCAAUGGUGGGACGUUGGCUAUGAUCAAAGAUGCCAGUGUGCAGGCAUUUAUCAAUAACCUCCUGAAGACUAGUAGCGGUAGAACUCAAAGGAACUACUGGAUUGGCCUGGAUGACCUGAACAGGGAGGGUGUGUUUGAGUGGAAUGACGGGACCAAACUGGGAAGCUAUCGCAGGUUCAAGUCCAAACGCCCUCACAAAAUAAGGGACUGUGUGGCCCUGUGGAGGACGGCCAAACUAAGUCGUUGGUUCCCACUGAAGUGCAAGAUCCAUCUGCCCUACAUCUGUCAGAUGGACUACAAUGUGAACAACUAAGUUGAUGACAUACGUGACGUCAGCCGAACAGCCUUAUGACGUCAGGACAACGUUACAACAACACCAGAAUGUUGUCAGGCUAGACAAG